AUGGCAUACUCAAAAUCAAAGAUUGAGUUUGUUGUCCCAUUUAGUGGCUGCAAUGAUACUAAUCAUGCAUGGCUAUUCCUAUCAACCAGAUCAUCCAGGCGUCUCUUGAAUGAUGGGUUAAAGAAAGUGGUUGCUUAUUCACCAGCAAUGCUCUUCAUGGAAGGUACACCAGAUGCUCCUUCAUGUGGUUUCAGCCUUUUGGGGCCUUUCGAUAUUUCAAAUGAGGAGGAAGUGAGGCAAGGACUGAUCAAAGUCUUUACAAACUGGACAACCUUAUCUCAGCUUUAUUACAAAGGUGCACUCAUAGAUGUUUGUGAUAUAGUUUUGGAGCUUAAAAACAUGGCUUAA